GGUGCAGUCUGCGGGCGAGGCGAGGCCGGCGCCGCUCCGGAGGCUGCGCGGGGCGGGUUCAGCGCUGCCAGGAACGCGCGUUCUCCGGCCGGGGCCGGGGCGCUGACGGCCGCCUCCCGCCGCGCCGUUACUCAGCACAGUCGGUGUCCCCACGGCCCGCCGACCCGGCAGUCGGGAGAGAGCGGGACCGCCGAGCGGACCGCCUGGUGCAGGGGGAUUUGGAAGAAAUAAGAAAUUCUGUAGUUCUCAUUACAUGCCGGUAAGAGUGCAGUCUGCUGUUCCUGGGCAAAACAAACUAUUUGCAUCUCACUUUUGGAGACUCCUUCCACUUAUCCUGACUUGGGUAUAACUGAAACUUAAUGUUCACAUUAUCUCAUCUGACAGAGACUAGAAGAUGAAUAAUCUUUCCUUUAGUGAACUCUGUUGCCUGUUCUGUUGUCCACCAUGCCCAGGGAAAAUUGCCGCUAAGCUGGCAUUCUUACCUCCUGAUCCCACAUACACACUGAUGUGUGAUGAGAGUGGCAGUCGCUGGACUUUGCAUCUCUCAGAGCGAGCGGACUGGCAAUAUUCUUCCAGGGAAAAAGAUGCCAUUGAGUGCUUCAUGACUAGAACAUGUAAAGGCAACAGGAUUGCCUGUAUGUUCGUGCGUUGCUCACCUAACGCCAAGUACACUUUGCUCUUCUCACAUGGAAAUGCUGUUGACCUGGGUCAGAUGAGCAGCUUUUAUAUAGGACUGGGUUCACGGAUUAAUUGCAACAUAUUCUCCUAUGAUUAUUCUGGAUAUGGCGCAAGUUCUGGGAAGCCUACGGAGAAGAAUCUCUAUGCUGACAUUGAUGCUGCUUGGGUGGCUCUUAGAACAAGGUAUGGAAUUCGCCCUGAAAAUGUGAUUAUAUAUGGCCAGAGUAUAGGAACGGUACCAUCUGUGGAUCUUGCUGCUAGAUAUGAAAGUGCUGCUGUAAUUCUUCAUUCUCCACUGACCUCAGGAAUGCGAGUAGCUUUUCCUGAUACAAAGAAGACUUACUGCUUUGAUGCAUUCCCAAACAUUGACAAAAUUUCUAAAAUAACAUCUCCUGUCUUAAUAAUCCAUGGAACUGAAGAUGAAGUAAUUGACUUUUCACAUGGCCUGGCAUUAUUUGAGCGUUGCCAGAGACCUGUAGAACCACUGUGGGUAGAAGGAGCAGGCCAUAAUGAUGUGGAACUCUAUGGACAGUACCUUGAAAGAUUAAAACAUUUUGUGUCACACGAGCUGGUGAACUUGUAACUUUCAUUGUGUAUUUACAUGGUUUUUUUUCAUUUCACUGCAGAACUGCACACUUUGAUAAAUAUAUAACUUAAAACCUGAAUGUUGUGUUUUCAAAUCAUCUUGGUUGCCUUCAUUAAAUCUACAGGUAAUGAUUUGUCAACAUAAUUAAUGAAGGUUUUAAUGUCAACAUUAUAAACUGGAAUUACAUGAUCAUGCAGUCAGACUGGCAGUUCGUAUUUCUUUGUGUGAGGUUUUUUCUUCUUAGAUGUGAAGAAAAAAAUCACAAGGAGUACUGUAAGAAAAUUUAAUUAUAUAAAACCAAAUGCUGUCAAAGUGUUGCCAAGUGCUUUAGCAUAUCAAAACCAAGUUUAUAAAUAUUUUUUAAACAUCUCAAAGUGUACUGUGACUUACUCUGUUGCACAGGUGUAAUUAAAAAACUGACUUCUAAACUGUUGGUCUGUAAAAAUGUAAUAGCCAUGAAAUUUGAGCAAAUACUAAUGUAUGUAAUGAGAAUAAACAGUCACUGGAAAUUAUUCAUGCCCUGUUACAGGGAGAGAGGGGAAAAACAGAUAUAUUUUCCCAUAUUUUUUACUACUUUUGUGCUUAGUUUUCCUUUAGUUAUUUUGUACUCGUAUCGUCUAUUAGCUUUCAGGAUAAUAAAAUGUAUCCACUCAUGUUCUCAGGACUCCUAAUCUUGCCAGAGUACAAAUUAUCAUUGUUGUAAUGCAGGUAUCGUUCACAUGAUUGCUACUGAGGCCACAAAAUACCUCUUUGAAACCAGACUUAAAACCUAGAAGACUUCUUGAACCAUGUAGUUUUAAACACUGAUUUUCUAGAGCCACAACGUGUCAUUAAGAAGAACCUUGAAGUUUAUCCAACAUUGUAAUAAAGAGUUUGCAACGUAGCAGUUGUCUGAUCAGGCUAAUUUUGGAUGUUUAGUGUAAAAGCUUAUUUUUUUGAGUAUUGUAUGGAAAUUUUACUAAUUGGGCCUCUGUGGGGUGGGACGAGUGACAAGAAGAGAAUACUGACAUUUUUCUAUUAACUCAUUAUAAAAUAAACUUAAGUUGCCUUUCCCUUGAAUGCAUUUUACAAGAAUAAAGCUAUGAAAAAUAAACUUAAUUAUAUGUGGCCUAAUUGUGAACAAAGUAAUAUUCCAACAAUACACACUGUGCUUUUAAGGCCUUACGUAAUUUAAUUGUUGUGCUUGUUUUUUGUGAUUGAGACUAUUGUGUACUUAAAUGUAGUUUUGAGUAUUGUGAAGACUUUGGUUAAGAUGUGUUGAUUAACAGUAAACAAUAUUCCACAAACUUGCAGUUUUCUCUUUUUAUUCAAAGUAAUAGCAGCAGUUGCUUGGAGUAUCAAAAUACUUAGCAACUCCCCAUUUAUUCAAGGAAAUCUGACAUCAAAAGCAAUAACUUAUUGUUCGGAAUUGCCAGCACAUUUCUUUAUCAGCAGCUACUGUUCUGGAUCACCCUUCUAUCCCCAUGCCUCACCUUACUACAAUUUGCCAUUCAGGACACAGGCUUUCUGCUGCAAAGCUGCUUGUAAACUUUUUUUUUCUGUAACAAAUUCUAGUAUCUCCUUCUUUGAAAUUAAAAUGAAUUAUUGUCUUGUGCACUUUGAGUUAAUUGAGUAGAAAGAAAUUUGUUCACAAGGAACUAGAUUUCUGUGUGAUUUUUUGAUCAAGGAUAUUACAAUGAGUUCUGAAAUACAGAGUAUAUUCAGAAACAGCAGCAUUAGACUUAAGGAUUUUCAUCCUAGUUCAAGGCUUUUGGAUACAGGUGCGUAACUCAGCUUUAUUAACAUAAUGUUUAAUACAUGGUUUGAUUUCCUUUUCUUACUACCUUGGUAAGGAGGUAGCCACUAGCCACUAUCUCCAAUGGAAAUCCAUGCCAUUAAAUGUUUAAGUGCUUUCUUUGUAAUGAAUGGAGCUUGUUUUGAGAUUCACCUUCAGGAAUUCAGAAAUAAAGAGUGUAGAAGUGCAAUAUUAAGUGAAAUAUAUUGGCUGCAGUUUGGUUGCCUGCCCCUUGCAGGCAAAUGAUCACCUGUCACCACAAGAACUAUCUGAUUGUGCCAGGGGAUAUUGUGGCACCCUGUAAUUGAAAAAGGCAGAAAAGGUGUCAUAGUAGUUUUGCUGCUUUUGUUUCUGUAUUUUGUUGAAGCGGAACAAAAGACCUGACUAAUAGUGUUUUGACUUCAGUAUGUGCAGCUGUGCCGGAUUGCACUGGUGAGUAGAGAUUCUGGUCUCUUGCAUCAUUUAUGCAUGGUUAAUUAUUGCCAUUUAGUGCUGAUUUAUGUUUUAUACUAAUAUGUUUUCAGAGGAGUUGUAUAUGUGAAGGAAUUUAAAUAGCUUAGCCUGUGGUGCAGAUUGUAUUAUGGCAGCAAAGUUGUUAGUGACAGAAAGCAACUCUGAGCUAUUGCAACGAUGAGGAAAACAUUUGACAUCCUGAUUGUCUUAUCCUUAUACCAUCAUUUUGGUCAAAUUGACAAUGGGCUGUUGUUUAAUGUUAUAGAUGCAAUUGUCUCCUGAUAAACAAAGUUGAUUCAGCAUUCAUUGAAAAGACAAUGCCUGUAUUUUAGGGAAAAAGAAAAGAGUGUUUUGUAAGCUUCAUGAUGUCAUUCCUGGUUUGGUUUUUUUUAAAGAGAUGUAUUUGACAGUAAGCUGUCAUUUUCAGUUCUGCAAACCUUGGCAAAUCAGCUUUCAAAACAACUCCAUAUAUGUAAAAUAUGUGAUUACCUUCUAAAGGUGGGGUCUAUUUAGGACAUGUUUUGCUUUUACAUUCACAACUCCUUAACUCCCCUCUCUUAAUUCCACAUCUGGCACCAAAGAAUGCUAGUGUAUGUUCAGUUAGAUACUCUUGUUGAUUGAUUCUAAACUUACUUUCCUUUUCAAGAUUUUUUUUACUGGGGAAAAAUAUUGCAUGUUUAUUUUUGGGCUCCUUUAACUGCGUGGCAUUGGACAACAAGGUACUGCUCCUGUGGAGUAUGCCAGGUCCUACAGGUCCUAAUUUUUCUCACUACUCUGUAGGCAUUGUUAAUAUCUUAAAGUCACAAAUAAGGAAAAUAGUAUGUAAGUAGGAGGCUGAUUGGUUGGAAACUUUGCAGAAAAGGAGUUGGGGACCCUGCUGCAACAGGCUGCAUAUGAACCAGCAUUUCACCCUUACGCCAAAGGCAAAUGAGACCAUUCCAGGCCUGAUAGGCAGAGGUUUGCCAGCAGAUCAUGGGAAGUGAUCCUGCCUCUCCUCGCUGCUCUGAGUGCAGAUGUGUGUAAAAUGCUGAAUCUAACUCUGGGCUUUUGCAUGAGGAACGUAGGGAUGUACAGAAGGAAGUCCAGUGCAGGGCCACAGCUUCAACUGAAAGACUGGAGCAUCCAGCAUAGGAAGAGAUGCUGAGAGAGCUGGGGCUUUUCAUCCUGGGGAAGAAAAACUUUGAAGUUUGGCAGGAUAUUAACUAUUAUGUGUGAAUAUCUGAGGGAGAGAGUGAAGAGAGCUGAACAUUUCCCUGUACUGCCCUCUGAGAGGGCAAGAGCCCAUGAUGACACACUAAAAACCAGAAAAUGCAAUCUGAAAUUAGAAAGCAAACAGGGUUUUUUGAGGUGCUUUUUUGUUUGUUUGGUUUGGUUGGGUUUUUUUGUUUGCUUGUUUGUGGGGUUUUUUGUUGGGUUUUUUUUUUUUUUGUGAGGCAGAUCAAACACUGGGACUGACUGUGUAGUUCUCAUCUUUACACAUAGUCAGAAUUCAGCUGAACACAGCUUUAGGUAACCUGCUGUAGCUGAGCCUGCUCUGAGCACACAAGUAGAUGUUUCAAGGGGUUCCUUUCAGCAUCUGUCAUUAUGUGUACACCAGCUCAGAAAUGGAGUGUUUAUUUAAAAAAAUUGUCUUCAUUUGGUGUUCCCUACUUUUGACACUUUAUUUUAAAGCAACAGAAAGCCCUUUUUCUCUUGGUCCUGAGACCAUCAUUGUUUGAUGCACUGCUACUGAGUCAGACUAAUACCAACUUUUAUACCACAGACAGUGUCAUCAAAGAUCAUAGAUUGCUACAGUGUAUUAUAAAUGGUUGAAAAGCUAGAAGUAUAAGUAUGCUGUCCUGAAAAAAGUGCUUGAAAGAUGUCUUAAACAUUGUCAAAGAUGGAAAUGUUGCAUUCACAGCUACUAUUAAGUUAUGAGAUACAGUUGUUUUCAGUUGUUUCGAUAAAAUUGGGUAAUAAAGUUGGUUUUACUUCACCUGAUUAAUGAAAUGAAAAAUUGUUUGUGGGAAAGUUUGUCAUGAGCUAAUAACUGUGUCAGACUUGCUCACCAUCACCGAUACAGUACAGAUAACUCUGAUUGUUAUAAGUUAGUGUGAAAACCCAUUCAGCUUCAGUACCACCAGAAUGAAAUGUCAUCAUGACAUUACCUUAGAGCUCUUGACAUAUUGAACUUCAUAUUAAUUGUAAAAUAGCCAUAAAAAAAACCAAUG